CUCCCACCAAACGCAUAGGACAUAGGACUCAAGUUGGCAUUGAUAGAACCUGAUUUUUGACAGAGUGUCGCCCUGUCGUUUUGUUUUUUUGAAACUUGAGACGUUUCACAUCUUACGUGCAAUUGAUAAUUUGUUAAUUUUACUUUGAUAACGCUGUAUUCUACGUUUAUUAACUUUUAAGUGAUACAGUCAAUUUGCGUGAAAUUAACGUAUCAGGGGUUAAGUGAGACAAUGGUGCCAAAGCUAAGCUUAAUAGCUGCAGCUUGUGAAAACAUGGGAAUAGGUUAUAAUAACAAUCUGCCCUGGCGACUAAAGUAAUUUCAAAAAGUUAUUUACUAUUGAGUUACGAUCUAUAUCAGUUAUUAUCCAGAAGUUACUACAUGUAACACCUUUGUGCAUUGCUUGCACCCCUGUUUAUCUGAAGUCUGUGGAAAACCGUCUACCUACACUUCCAGAGAAUUUAACAACUUUCAAGACUAUAAGCAUCUAUUACACAGGGCGAGAUUAGUAGCCGAUCGCCGGCGAGUAGCGAGUGAGCGAGUAGAACACGCUCAGCGAGCGCAAAUUAUACAGCGCUAGUAAAAUCGCUUUACUCGCAUCGUAUUGAACCUUUGAAAAGUGUUUAGUUUGUAUCUUUUGUGCGAUAAUAGAAUCUAAAAUGGCUGUUAAAUGGAACAGUAAUCAAAUUAUACAGUUCUUAAAAGUCUAUGAACAAUUUCCCGUUUUAUGGAAUAUAAAACACAAAGAUUACGUUAAUAUCAAACUCAAAGAUGUUUUAUUCAAAAAAAUGUGGGAGCAAUUAGAGGAUAAAGGGCUUUUGAAAGGAAUGGAUGAAAAACAACUAAAAAAUAAAAUAAAGAAUUUAAUAGAUGUGUUUUGUCAAGAACUGGCCAAGAUAGAAGGAAGCAAAAAAAGUGACUGUGGAACAGAGGAUAUUUAUACCCCAAAGCUAACAUGGUUUGAAGCUGCCCAUUUUUUCGCUGAAGUUUUGUCAACAAAGCAUAGUAAUUCAAACUUGACUCUACCCAGCACACAAAAUAUAUCUGAGGAAAUCUCAAAUUCUCAAAUUGAACAGCGUGACGAUGAAGAACCUGAUACACAGCCCAAGGAACAAAAUAUGAAACCCUCAGAGGGGAUGGGACCUCCUUAAUCGAAAAAAAGGGUGAGAAAACAGGCAGAUCCAGAAAUUGGCGAUGCAAUCAGUCAGUUGAAUAAAAUAGCUGAAAAUCUAUCAGAAGGAAAACCGUACGACGAAUUUGGAAAGACUGAAAUGGACUAUUUCUCACGAAUGACAAGCAAAACGACAAGUCUUGGCAAAAAGAAUGUUGUGAUAAUGGGUCGUCGAACCUGGGAUUCCAUUCCUAAGAAAUUUAAACCUUUGAAUAAUCGUAUAAACUUUAUUUUGUCAAGAAGUGAAUUAAUGCUUUCUGAAUAUAAAGAUGUAUAUUGUUUUAAGAGCUUGAAAGAAGCUAUUGAUAAGUUAAAAGAAAAUGAUUUUAAAAAUAUUUAUGAGAAUGUUUGGGUUAUCGGAGGAAGUCUGAUAUAUGAUGAAUGCAUGAAGUCUGAAUACUUUUAUAGGCUGUAUCUAACUAGGAUCCACAAAACAUUUAAAUGUGAUACUUUUUUCCCUGCUUUACCUGAAGAUCUGAAGGAAGUGAGUGAUGAGGAUGUUCCAAAGGAGGUACAAAAUGAUAAUGGAAUUGACUUUACUUACCAUGUCUAUGAAAAUAUAAAUUUUAAGAACUAAAGUUUCAUAUUCCUUAUUGCUAAUUUGUAUAAAAUAUAUAUUUCUAUAUUAUUUAUCUCGUUUUGCUGACACUCCAAUGUAAUUCCUAAAAAUUAUUGUGGUUGCGAU